CCACAAUGUUGCAGCUUCGUUUUGUGAAAGGAGGCUUAACCUUGCUGGGUGUUAAACGUCUAUCUGUGCUCAAUGCAGCUUUCCAGAGCACUCACCGUGUGGAGUACAAACCUAUCAAAAAAGUGUUGGUUGCCAAUCGAGGUGAAAUUGCUACAAGAGUAUUCAGGGCAUGCACAGAACUGGGUAUAAGGACAGUAGCCGUCUACUCUGAGCAGGACACUGGUCAGAUACACAGACAGAAAGCAGAUGAGGCCUAUCUUAUAGGAAAGGGGUUACCCCCAGUCCAAGCCUACUUACACAUUCCAGAUAUAAUAAAAGUUGCUAAGGAAAAUGAAGUGGAUGCUGUUCACCCAGGUUAUGGCUUCCUGUCUGAGCGUUCUGAUUUUGCACAGGCUUGUGCAGACGCUGAUGUACGAUUCAUUGGACCCACACCUGAGGUUGUGCGUAAGAUGGGCGAUAAAGUGGAAGCUCGAGCUAUUGCAAUAAGUGCUGGAGUUCCAGUUGUACCAGGUACAGACUCUCCUAUUGCUUGUCUGACUGAAGCUAAAGAAUUUUCCAACAAAUAUGGCUUUCCUAUCAUCUUCAAGGCAGCUUACGGAGGGGGUGGACGAGGCAUGCGUGUAGUAAGAAGUUAUGAGGAACUUGAAGAAAAUUACACCAGGGCAUAUUCAGAAGCACUAUCAGCUUUUGGAAAUGGUUCCUUAUUUGUGGAGAAAUUUAUUGAAAAACCUCGCCACAUAGAAGUGCAGAUACUUGGUGACAAAUAUGGCAAUGUAGUGCAUCUGUAUGAACGUGAUUGCUCCAUCCAGAGACGGCAUCAGAAGGUGGUAGAGAUAGCACCAGCUGCUCAGCUUGACCCUCAGUUACGGGAUAAACUUACUCAUGAUUCUGUUAAAUUAGCUAAGCAGGUUGGUUACGAAAAUGCUGGUACAGUCGAGUUCCUCAUAGAUAAACAUGGCAAACAUUACUUCAUAGAAGUUAAUUCUCGGCUACAGGUGGAACACACUGUGACUGAGGAGAUUACAGAUGUUGACCUGGUUCACGCACAGAUCCAUAUAGCCGAAGGAAAGAGUUUGCCUGAACUUGGCCUAAGACAAGAAAAUAUCCGUAUCAAUGGCUGUGCAAUUCAGUGUAGAGUGACUACUGAAGAUCCAGCUCGUGGAUUCCAGCCAGACACUGGCAGAAUUGAGGUAUUUCGAAGUGGUGAGGGAAUGGGAAUCAGAUUGGAUAGUGCCUCAGCCUUCCAAGGAGCUGUCAUCUCUCCCCAUUAUGAUUCUCUCCUUGUUAAAGUCAUUGCCCAUGCGAAAGAUCAGCAAGUGGCAGCAACUAAGAUGAGUAGAGCUUUGGCAGAGUUCAGAAUCCGUGGAGUGAAGACAAAUAUUCCUUUCUUACAAAAUGUUCUAAACAAUCACCAAUUCCUUUAUGGUACAGUGGACACCCAAUUUAUUGAUGAAAAUCCUGACCUCUUCAACCUGAGGCCUGUACAGAACAGAGCACAAAAGCUGUUGCACUACUUGGGUCAUGUUAUGGUGAAUGGUCCAACUACACCCAUUCCUGUUAAGGCAAAGCCAUCUACUGUUGAUCCUGUCUUGCCCCCUGUGCCAAUGAGUGAGCCUCCCCCUGGAUUUAGGGAUAUCCUGCUUCGAGAAGGUCCAGAGGGGUUUGUCAAGGCUAUACGCAAGCACCGUGGACUUCUACUCAUGGACACAACCUUUAGAGAUGCCCACCAAUCUCUUCUUGCCACCCGCGUUCGUACUCAUGACCUGAAAAAGAUCUCUCCUUUUGUUUCACACAACUUCAGCAACCUCUUUAGUCUGGAAAACUGGGGAGGUGCUACUUUUGAUGUUGCCAUGCGCUUCCUUUACGAAUGCCCUUGGAGACGUCUGCAAGAGUUGAGGCAGCUUAUUCCUAAUAUACCCUUCCAGAUGUUACUGAGAGGGGCCAAUGCUGUAGGAUACACAAACUACCCUGAUAAUGCUGUGUUCAAGUUUUGUGAAGUGGCAAAAGAGAACGGCAUGGAUAUUUUUAGAGUAUUUGACUCUUUAAAUUACCUACCAAACAUGAUCUUGGGUAUGGAGGCAGCAGGCCAAGCUGGUGGAGUGGUAGAGGCUGCUAUCUCCUACACUGGUGAUGUUGCAGACCCCACUCGUACUAAAUACACAUUGGACUACUAUCUGAAUCUUGCUGAAGAACUUGUAAAAGCUGGAACCCACAUUUUAUGCAUUAAGGAUAUGGCAGGACUGUUGAAACCUAAAGCCUCAGAUAUGCUAAUACGAGCUCUCAGAGACAAGUUUCCAGACAUCCCAAUCCAUGUACAUACCCAUGAUACAGCUGGGGCUGGUGUGGCCUCCAUGCUGGCCUGUGCAGAGGCUGGAGCUGACAUUGUUGAUGUGGCUGUUGAUUCAAUGUCUGGGAUGACUUCUCAGCCUAGCAUGGGAGCUAUAGUUGCUUGUGCAAAGGGCACAGCUCUUCACACAGGUAAUUCUUUAUACUUGCUAGGUCAGGGGAAUCGGUGGACCACCGUUCAGAGGGGUCUGUCCUGUUCUCAGGGCCUCGGGAAAGUGUUCCACGGCCGCGUACGUCACUUCCGGCGCGGGAAAGACUCUGCUGACAAGGAUCCUGCGUUACCCUUGCAGCUUGCAGUGACUGCGGAUACCGGUCUUCCAAGCACCAGCACGGCUCAGGGUGGGCCGACAGGAUCCUUACGGCUAUCUGAGCAGGAGGAUCUUAGCGAGCCUGGUCCUUCUCAUGGUGGUUCGUCAUCAGAAGAAGGGAGUGUCAGAGACGAUGUACCUAGCUCUUCCAGGUAUAAAUUAUCCUUAGAGGAUGUGGAUGAAUUACUGACUGCAAUCUAUAGCACUUUAGAGAUCCAGGAAGAGCAGGUGCAGUUAUCCAGGCACGACCUUAUGUAUAAGGGUUUGCAGCUUAAAAAGUCUAACUGCUUCCCGGUACAUAAGGUUUUGUCAGAGACUAUUCUCAAGGAGUGGGCUGAGCCUGAGAGAAAGCCUCUGAAGUCAGGAAAUCUCAAGCAGAGGUUUCCUUUUGAUGAGGAUCCAGCCUUGGUGUGGAAUAAAUCUCCAAAGCUGGAUGCUCCGUUAGCUAAGGUAUCCAAGAGAUCUGACUUAGCCUUCGAGGACAUGAGGGUUUUGAAGGACACCAUGGAUAAGAAGAUUGAGGUUCUUUUGAAAAGAGCAUGGGACUCUUCUUCAAUGAACCAUAAACCUGCUCUGGCUACCACAUGCGUGGCCAGGAACUUGGAGUUUUGGCUCUCGCAAUUUAGAACGCAUCUGCUGGCAGGUACCCCGAGAGCACAACUCUUGGAGUCACUACCUGUGCUCUUCAAGGCGGUAGGUUAUAUCGCAGACGCAUCGGCAGAAUCUGUGCGGAUGACUGCAAGAUCAUCAGCUCUUAUUAACUCUUCCCGCAUGGCCCUGUGGUUAAAAGCAUGGGAGGGAGAUGCCGCCUAUAAGCUGAGGUUAUGUAAUCUCCACUUUUCAGGUGACUUGCUUUUUGGGGCAGAGUUAGAGAAUAUUAUAGAGAGAACGGCUGACAAGAAAAAGGCUUUUCCUGAAAAGAAGAAAAAGCCUUUUUGGAAAUUUAUUCAGAACCAGAAGGGUAGGUCUCAGGAAAACAAAGGGGACAAACCCAAGAAGCAUUGGACGGGUCAGAAAGGUAGAGGAAGAGGGUGGAUUCUGUUUAACACACCCUCCCAGCCUCAGCCAAAGCUCCAAUGA